AAUAUUAACAGUCUGAUGAUGAGCUACUCUGUGUAGCAAUAAUGUUAUCGUAGAAAUUAGGAUAGCGCCAAAGUCUAUAGACACAUUUUGACGACCGCACUCCGAAGGACGUUUCAGUGUUAGUUGUAGAUUUUUUCUUUACCAUGUUCGUUUUGGAAAUUUUCCUCGUGGUCUUCAUCGCCAGUUUGGCCGACGCCUCCGUCUUCACCGAUGGUGUGUUCCUCGGCCAGAGAAGUCGCUGUCCUCCGUUGCGUGUACCCAAUGGCCGUUUAAGAGCCCGUUCGGGCAAUCGAGUGGUCCGAAUCACUUGUCUGUUUCCGUACAAACUAGUGCAAGGCAAUGAUUAUGCCACUUGCAUCGGUGGCGAAUGGGACACUCCACCGCCGAUAUGUGCCAGGCCAGGGUGUGCUAUCCCGGAAGGUAUCGAUCACGGAAGGAUCAACAUUUUGGAGUCGGGAGCCAGACUAGAUCUCGAAUGCGACGUUGGAUACGCUCUAGAUGGUCCUAGUUCCGUGUACUGUACAAAAGACAAAGAAUGGAAUGAAGAGUUAUAUGAUUGCAAAGCUCACGAUCAUAUUUAUGUAUCGUGUGAUUUUGAAUCGGCCGACGAACGAUUUUGUGGAUGGAAAAACGAUAUGUAUAACGACAUCGAUUGGUUAGCUGACAAAGUAAAACUGUUAUUGUUUUCGUCCAACCGACAUGUACCGCCGGGUUCUUCUCAAUAUUUUUCAGGGAGCUACAUAUCGUUGGACGCUGGUCGUCUGAGCCCUUCUAGUUCGGGCAAACUACUGUCCCCUCAACUUCCUCCGACUAAAAACAAACAAAGAUGUGUCACGUUUUCGUACAAAAUUGUCGUCGACGAAGGUCGUACACGGCCUUCGCUAAUUGUUUCAUACGGUGGAAUUCCCCAUUGGUCGAAAAUCAGAGGAGAAGGAAGAGCGUCAAUUGGACUGUACCGGGUCGAUUUCGCAGCGAAGAUAACAAUCGAAGGAAAGGGCUGCAUGGCGGCGAUCGACAAUAUGGUCAUAACGGAAGGCGACAGUUGUUUGAUAAAAGACGGAGGCGAUUACGAAACGUGCGAAGAUAAUUGCGGCAAAGCCGCAUAUGGAAACGGCUGUUCGUGCAAUUGGGAAUGCCACCAAAAUUCCAACUGUUGUCCGGACAUCGGAGACCAUUGUCCAUACAUUAAAACGCCCGAGGAAAUCUCCGUGAUGUAUACCACUACUACUACGCACAAGCCUAUUGUCAAAAAAAAACCAGUGACACCUAUUGCCGCCCUAAAAUCGACCAAUGCGGCCACGCCAAUUCCUACUUCCAACGUUACAUACCCUCAGUUUCCAUCGACUAUACCUACAUUAGAACCGACAGCGGAACCGAUUACAAUAACCGUAACGGUCCCUACCACGACCACCACCACGACUCCUAAACCUACUACGAGUUCAACUACAACACCAUCCCCUACCACGACCAGUACAACUACCACAACUCCUAAGCCUACUACAAGUGCUACGACAACACCGCCCCCGACCACGACUAGUACAACUACUAUGCCUUCGAUAAUUAACACUACAGUUGUGAUUAAAUCGACAAAACCAGAGAUGACCAAACCGAAUAUUUCACAUAUCAAAUAUCUCGAUGUUACUUCUGGACCGAACAAAACAGUAAUAGUUAUCGAUAUAACUUCUACUGAAACCCCUAGUCCUCGAAUGAAUAGAAUUUCCAAAAAUAACAACACAAAUAUUCCUUUUUUGUUUAACGUCAGUGAUACUAUGCAUCGUAAAAACAAACAUAAUGUCUCAACACAAAAAUCUCAAACCGACAAUGCUGGCCCAGAAACUAAAACAGAAUUCAGUUACAUACUAUUUAAUAAACGUAUGGACGCAGCAGAUCAAUGGGUUGCCCCGCAAGUGAAACAAUAUAACGAUCAACAUAAUACCAAGAGUUCCACGUUUAAUACAUCUUUCAUUUUCAUAUGUAUAGCACUUGGUAUUGGACUAGUAACGUUAAUGUACACAAUUUAUUUCGGGAAACUUUGUUUCAAGAAGUCUUUUAAGUACAGGGUAGACAACAAUUUGGACCAAUCGGACGGAGACACUGCUUCAAAUUUGGAAUUAAUCACUAACGAUGAGUUGUAAAUUAAAUGCAUAAGUAUAAUGAUUUAUACGUAUUUCCGUAACAGUUACAUGUUUUUGUAUAUUAAAA